AUGGACGGUAGUGGAGGGUGUUGCAUAGCAAAAUACGCUGGACCGUACGAUUACGGUCUGUCUCAAGCAGACCGCAUCAUGCUUAGAUUUCGUCCCAUCGCUCCUAAACCAACCAGCGACGGCGGCGGCGGAGGAAAGCCCGUAUCCAGCGGAGAGAGCGGCGGCGGAAGCUCCGAUGUUUCUUUUAAAGGAGGAAGAGGAAAGCGAAAACGUCAGCAGAAGGAGAAUGGUGGUAACGCAAGGAGGUGCAUUUCCCGGAGAAGAUCGGAGAAACCCUUCGUUCACGGCGGAGAUACUAAGGUGACUCUCUCUCUGUUACCGGAGACGCCCGGUGAAGGUUCUUUUACGGAUCUUAAAGUGUCGGUGGUGCCGUCGGUGGAGAAACAGACGCGACAAGGUCCGUUUUGGCUGAGUUUCGGCGACGGCGGCGGGAUGUUUACUCCGGUGGAAGUUACGAGGAGGAAGGUGGUGGUUUCGUCUUGUAUGACGGUGGAGCGUGUAACGGACGCAUGGAAUGACGGUUACGGUCUUGGAAGGUCUGACCAAGAAAGGAAAAUGAAUCUCGUGAGGGACACGUGUCCUGGUUUUUUAUCGGACGGUUCGGGGAGAGUGACGUGGACAAACGACGCUUACAGGAAGAUGGCGAGGGAUAAUAUUCCGGUGGAGGAAGGUGCACCGGAGGAUAGUUUUGACGUGAUCGUACGGUUGGUGAUGAGGGAGAGGCCGAUGCUAACGUACACGGCUUUCACAUGCAGGGUGAAAAUACAGUUCACGUGUCGAGAUCGUGAGAGAAGCUCUGUCACGGUUCCUUGCGACGUGUGGAGGAUGGAGAGUGGAGGUUUUGCUUGGAGACUCGAUGUUAAGGCCGCUUUGUGCCUUUGAUUGGUAUAAGAUCAGCGACGAACGGUCAUGAUCGUUAUUUGCAUAACAUGAUCUCCUCGAAACAAAAACAUGCAUUCGUAAAACUAAAUUUUUAGUUAAUUUAAUAGUUAUGUCUUGUCUUUUUCUUCUUUAAUCCUCGAGUAGAUUUUGUUCGCAGUUCUUGUAAAAAAGCAUCUUUUUAUUCUUGUUAACGCAAUGAUGAAACUAAAUUUCG